AUGCCUUACUACCAAACUCACCUCGGAAUCCUAGAUGAGAGUGCAGCGCUUCAUCCGACGGCCACUGUCUUCAGAAUCCCGGAGGUUGACCCAGCGACUAAUGCGAUUCGAUCCUGGCACUCGAUUAGCUACGCUCAGUUUCGCAAUGAUGUCGAACAUGUCGCAAAGUACUGGACCAGCAAGCUGACAACACAAGGCAUUCAGCCAAAUUCUGUCAUCGGAUUGUGGUUGAGUGGAGUGACCUACGUUGAUACGCUCCACAUUUAUGGAGUCGCGCGAGCAGGAUAUAUUCCCCAGCUCAUCUCUCUGCGGCUGCCUAGUCCAGACGUGAUCCACGAGUUACUGCUUCUGUCGGGGGGGAAAGCUUUGAUCCAUGAUCCAUCGUUCAGCCCAGUCCCGCAUCGUGAGGGCUCCGUUCCUUCCUAUGUUGCAAUCGACGCUCGAGAAGCCGCUGCCGUCGACGUCGCUUUACCACCUGUCACUAAAGACACCGAUGGUAGCGAUAUCCUCGCAAUAUUCCACACAUCUGGUUCAACGUCGGGUCGUCCAAAGCUCGUCCCUUGCAGCUACGCGUGGUGGGACAACAUGAUCGCCAAGGCGCGGGGUGUGCUGAGACCAAACCGUCCAGGACGGCAAGACGUGAUGGCGUCAAUGGGCAGCUUGUGUCAUAUGGGUCAGUCGUUCAUGCUCGUCGGUGCACUUCAACACGCAUCGUGCACUGUGCAAUUCACCAAACAAGCAUACUCCUCCGACGAACUCAUGGAGAUGAUAUCCCAAUGCGAUCUGAAUCGGAUCAAUAUCUUCCCCACAUUCUUCAGUACACACCUCCGCAAUUCGCGCCGAGAUCCCAAACUCCUCGCAGCGCUGCGAGCCUUGGACCAAAUUUUGGUCACAGGUUUGAAGAUGUCACCAGAAGAUCAGCAUUGGGUAUGCAGCAAUUCGAUGAACGUACUCGACUGCUACGCCAGCACAGAGGUUGCUGUCAUGAUGUUAGCUGUCGAAGACCGCGGCAGCGACCGCCUUCCCCCUCUGGAACCCAUCGCAGGACUCUCACACACAUUUAUUCCCGCUUCAACCGCAGUUGCCGACGUCGAGAGUGGUCACUUCAAUCUCCAUUCGCGGCUAUCAGAACUUAUCAUCCUGGCAGAUUCUCCUGAUUGCCCCCACGUUUCUCUCCGUCACGCUGACGGGAACUACCACACCGGGGAUCUUUUCUUCGAGAUUUCUCCUAGAAAGUAUAUAUUCUGCGGACGCGACGAUGACUGGAUUAAAACGGAGAAUUCGCUCAGGUGCGACACUAGGUCGAUCGAAGACAAUGUCUUCGCGUCUUGCAGCGACCUUAUCGGCAGUUGCGUUGUCGUCGGCAAUGGCAGACCCUCGCCCGUGUUAUUCGUAGAGCCUGCGGGUGAGACAGAUGCACAAAAGUUGAAGAAUGAGGUCUAUCGGCGAAUACGGGCAUUCCACUCACGGCGAUAUAUGCACGAACGCAUUCCUUCCGCCGCCUUCAUUGUGGUCCUUCCAAAGGGGAGUCUUCCUCUGACAGCGACCAAGGGCAAUAUCAGAAGACGCGCUGUCGAGCAGGCGUUCAAAGCUGAGCUUGAUCGGAUUCACCACGGGAAAUCACGCUCGCCCGCUCGCACCAUCCACGACAGGAAGGACUAUCUCAUUGGCAUAUGUUUCCUGCUCAUCGUCGUAAUACUAUGGACAUCGUCAAAUUUCGUGACUCAGGGCCUGUUCGAGGAUGGUUACGAGAAGCCCUUUCUUGUCACGUAUCUCAAUACCAGUGCAUUCUCUUUCUAUCUAUUGCCCUUCAUAAUACGGAAAUCGUUCGAGCGUUUCGCAACGGUGAAGACCACAACGCACACCAGGGAACGUCAUGGCUAUGAACCCCUUCUUACAGAGGAAACGGCGGUGGAAUCAUUAGGAUCUGUGGAUCCGGAUGAUCCUGCUUUGUCUAUGGGACUCCCUCCACUUACGAUACAAGAAACAGUUCAGUUAGCUGCUUCUUUCUGUUUUCUUUGGUUUAUCGCAAAUUGGACCGUCAAUGCAUCUCUUGAUUAUACCAGUGUUGCUAGCGCUACCAUUCUAUCAAGCAUGAGCGGUUUCUUCACGCUUGGGAUUGGACGAAUUUUUCGAGUUGAGAAAUUGACAGUUGUUAAAUGUGUCGUUUUGGUGUCAGUCUCUGACUCGUCGCAGCCUGCAUCACCGUCCAACUCACUGCCGACGACUCUCAUUGCCAACUUCGCUUCAGCACACUUCCUGGGCGACUGUUUUGCUCUUCUUUCCGCGAUCUUCUACGCACUCUACGUCAUCCUGUUGAAGGUUCGCAUCCGGUCAGAGUCACGAAUUGAUAUGCAGCUAUUCUUUGGUUUCGUCGGAUUGUUUAACAUCUUGGGGUGCUGGCCAAUCGGAGUAGUACUCCAUUUAACUGGCAUCGAGCGGUUUGAACUGCCAUCUAGCAGUAAAGCCAUCAUUGCACUUCUCAUUAAUAUGGCAAUAACGCUUUCAAGCGAUUAUAUAUAUGUUCUCGCCAUGCUCAAGACGACGCCAGUAGUGGUCACCAUCGGACUUAGCCUUACAAUGCCUCUGGCCGUACUUGGUGACUUCUUCUUAGCUAGGCCUACGAAAGUCCAGGUCAUAAUUGGAGCAGCAGUCGUUUUGUGUAGUUUCGUACUGAUUGGUUUAGAGGACUCCCAAGUCCGAGAAGAAGAUGGGCGUCUGGUUGCCGUUGAGGUGCUGCAGGAUGAGGGGGAGGUUGUUCCCAAAAAGCCUUCUGCGCUGAAAGAUUUAGAACGAUCAUUGACUGUUGUAGUUAUUAAUGCUCAGCGCCGUCGGAGUCAAGUCCAUGAUUCGUCUGUCAAACUCGCCAAACGCCAGUUUGCUGUACAAGAUGCUGUCGUAGAACAUGUGGAGCUGGGUACGCAAGUUGAUACAUCCGGCUCGGAAAUUCUCAAGUCGUUAGCCAGGGAGGGGGAACUCGGCCCUCCCAAUAUGAAGAAGAAAGAAAAACAGGCAUUGAAGCAUGAACUAUUCAUGAAACGUUUAGAAUCAUCUCGAUCUCCAUAUUCUAAGUCGCAUGAGCGGCGACUCAAACGGAAGGCAAGAGAGCAGGUUGCAAGCGGAAUGGAUGAUAUCCGAGCUGCAAUAUCAGCAGUGGAGGAUGCUAUUCCUUCGGCAGUGGCUGAAGCACGCAGCCAAGUAGAAAGUGACGAGACUCAGGAUCAAACAGCUAGGUCUCAGACUGGGCGAAUCGGUGAGGGUAAGGGAGUACCGCUUAGCAAAUCCCAGAGGAAACGCGCUCUCCAGCUUGAGAGAAUGCGAAUCCCUAUGAUUCUUGCCACUCCAGAGUUUGCUUCUAAUCCAUUCCAGACCAUUCGAACACAUGCGCAGAACACCUUGCUCAGGCAUGAGCCGAUGGCGCAAUAA